AUGAAGAAAUCUAAUUCAUCUAACUCUUCAUCUGUUUCGAAAUAAAGCCAAAGUAAGUAGUUACACAAUCUUCAAACCAAAGCUACAUUCUUAAGAAAACUAAAAACAGAAGAUUUCUCCUUGAGGAGGAAAUUGAUGAAUCAAAAUGUAAUUGGGAAAUUCAAAGUCUUGAUUAAGGAAUGCUAAUAGCAUGUAUACAUAUUGUUAGAAGAUCCACAAAGCUCAAUUCUAGCUAAAGUGAUAUAAAUUAUACUGUUGCUAAGCAUCUUAUUAUCAUGUAUAACAAUAAUAGUUGAUUCUAUCUAUGAAUCAGGCAACGAAACUUACGAUUCUGCUAGUUCCACUGUUGAAUUGUAUUUGUUCGUGUUUUUUGGUACUGAGUAUAGUAAGAUUAUAUAAUUAUCCUUAGUUUUGCGUUUAUUUUCAACCAGUGCUUUUGAUAGGUCACUCUUGUAAUUUAUCAUAUCUCCAAUGAACUUGAUCGACUUUGUAUCUAUCCUGCCCUUUUUACUGAGUCUAACACUAACAAGUGGCUCAUUUUCAUAAUUGAGAGUGCUAAGAUUAAUCCGAUUCAUUCGAAUAUUUCGUUUGUUCAAAUUGUCCAGAUUCAUGAAAGAAAUUUCAAUGUUAGUAAUUUAUUUCGAUAAUUAAGGCAGAUACAGUUAAAAACUCAUUGAAAGAUAUAUUAAUGCUAAUAGUGAUGUUAUUGCUAAUGGUGAUCUUUUUUUCGACGAUCAUCUACUAUUUGGAGUAUAAUGAAGACGAAAGCGAUUAAGGAGAGAAUCAAAUUAAAUCUAUUCCAGAUGCCAUUUGGUGGUGUGUAGUUACGAUGACAACAGUUGGUUAUGGGGAUUUGAUACCACAGACAAUAUAAGGCAAAUUCAUAGCCUGUAUAACAGCAUUGUUAGGAACUACAACAAUAUCAUUGCCUGUGGCCAUCAUGGGGAUCAACUUCUACAGAACUUUGAAGGAAAAUGAUGAAAAUGUGGAGAUUGAUAAACUGAAACAGAAGUAUUCAAUCUCACACGAGGCUGCUUCAAAUGAUUAAUUGAAUUUGAGAGAACUGUAAUUUAUGGAGAACCGUUUGGAGCAACUAUACGAAAAUAAUGAGAAGGUCUUGGACUAUUUGGAGUAAUCAUAGUAACUUUUUGAUGAGUUGACAGCAGAUUUGAUGAGUUUAUACAAAGCAUUGUCGGAGGAAAUUGAUUUGCAUUUGGAAUACAGAAUGAAGAGACUCAAGAUGAAACAAAGAGUAAAGACAUGUCUGAUUAAUUAUAGAUUAUGAAGAUUGAAAAGAACAUAGAGUAGAAAAAAUCAAUAGAACUUAAUCAAUUAAUACAUUCUUACAGAGAAAAUCAAAGGAAGAUAGCGUUGUCUCCAAUGAUGGACGAAUCCAGAAUAGAGAGUGUUAAUAGCAUACAAUCAAGAUUAUAAAGUGCUGGAAAUACUAAAAGAAGUAGUAGAAUCUGUCAAAUCAAGCAUUUGAAGAGUUCCAGUCUUUUCAAAUCUGCAAGAGAAAUUCCUUUUGAUGCCAACAGUGAAUUAAAGAGUGAGCAUAUUCAGAUUCAUGAAAUUCACUUGCCUGAUCCAAUGGAUGAUACUCCUCAAGACAAUUAAUAAAUUAGAUAAAGCCAAAUAGAAGUGAGUAUUAGAGAUGAAUCAGUACG